AUGUCUAAACUACAGUUGCUGAACGCGUAUGUUACUGAACGACUAACGGCGGCUGCUACAGAGAUCUCCGUUGCCAUAGAGACAACAGUAGUAGAGUUGCAUGAAGAAAUCUCCCGUUCGACGGAGGAGAAUGAUCGUCUACGAAGACUGCUGGAUUUGGUUUUCAACCGACAGAUAAAGUUACACAGAGGUUUGUAUUGACGACUUGCAACUGUAUUAACAUAUAUCAAUCAUAUGGCAACUUGGCAAGAUAUAAGCUUAAGUUAAGCUAUUGUAAAUAUACAAGUACAAAGGCAAAGCUGCAAUUGUAAUGUUGAAUCCCACAGCAGUAUUCUCUGUGUACCAAAACCAAUAAACAAGUUAGCUAGCUUUUUAACAUUUUGUAGUUGCAGGUUUUAGACAUUUAAACUUUGGAUUUAGUUUUAGACAAAAUAUUUCCUGAAUUAUCAGCAACUUUAUACACUACCGGUCAAAAGUUUUAGAACACCUACUGAUUCAAGGGUUUUUCUUCAUUUUUACUAUUUUCUACAUUUUAGAAUAAUAGUGAAGACAUCAAACCUAUGAAAUAACACACAUGGAAUCAUGUAGUAACCAAAAAAUAAAUAAAAAAAUAAAAAUAUAUUUGAGAUUUGAGAUUCUUCAAAGUAGCCACCCUUUGCCUUGAUGACAGCUUUGCACACUCUUGGCAUUCUCUCAACCAGCUUCACCUGGAAUGCUUUUCCAACAGUCUUGAAGGAGUUCUCAUAUAUGCUGAGCACUUGUUGGGUGCUUUUCCUUCACUCUGCUGUCCGACUCAUCCCAAACCAUCUCAAUAUGGUUGAGGUCGGGGAUUGUGGAGGCCAGGUCAUCUAAUGCAGCACUCCAUCACUCUCCUUCUUGGUAAAAUAGCCCUUACACAGCCUGGAGGUGUGUUGGGUCAUUGUCCUGUUGAAAAACAAAUGAUAGUCCCACUAAGCCCAAACCAGAUGGGAUGGCGUAUCGCUGCAGAAUGCUGUGGGAGCCAUGCUGGUUAAGUGUUCCUUGAAUUCUAAAUAAAUCACAGACAGUGUCACCAGCAAAGCACCAUAACACCUCCUCCUCCAUGCUUUAUGGUGGGAAAUACACAUGCAGAGAUCAUCCGUUCACCCACACCGCGUCUCACAAAGACACAGCGGUUGGAACCAAAAAUCUCAAAUUUGGACUCCAGACCAAAGGACAAAUUUCCACCGGUCUAAUGCUCGUGUUUCUUGGUCCAAGCAAGUCUCUUCUUCUUAUUGGUGUCCUUUAGUAGUAGUUUCUUUGCAGCAAUUCGACCAUGAAGGCCUGAUUCACACAGUCUCCUCUGAACAGUUGAUGUUGAGAUGUGUCUGUUACUUGAACUCUGUGAAGCAUUUAUUUGGGCUGCAAUUUCUGAGGCUGGUAACUCUAAUGAACUUAUCCUCUGCAGCAGAGGUAACUCUGGGUCUUCCAUUCCUGUGGCGGUCCUCAUGAGAGCCAGUUUCAUCAUAGCGCUUGAUGGUUUUUGCGACUGCACUUGAAGAAACUUUAAAAGUUCUUGAAAUGUUCCUUAUUGACUGACCUUCAUGUCUUAAAGUAGUGAUGGACUGUCGUUUCUGCUUAUUUGAGCUGUUCUUUCCAUAAUUUGGUAUUUACCAAAUAGGGUAAAUAUCAAAUACCCACAGCGGUUGGAACCAAAAAUCUCAAAUUUGGACUCCAGACCAAAGGACAAAUUUCCACCGGUCUAAUGCUCGUGUUUCUUGGCCCAAGCAAGUCUCUUCUUAUUAUUGGUGUCCUUUAGUAGUAGUUUCUUUGCAGCAAUUCGACCAUGAAGGCCUGAUUCACACAGUCUCCUCUGAACAGUUGAUGUUGAGAUGUGUCUGUUACUUGAACUCUGUGAAGCAUUUAUUUGGGCUGCAAUUUCUGAGGCUGGUAACUCUAAUGAACUUAUCCUCUGCAGCAGAGGUAACUCUGGGUCUUCCAUUCCUGUGGCGGUCCUCAUGAGAGCCAGUUUCAUCAUAGCGCUUGAUGGUUUUUGCGACUGCACUUGAAGAAACUUUAAAAGUUCUUGAAAUGUUCCUUAUUGACUGACCUUCAUGUCUUAAAGUAGUGAUGGACUGUCGUUUCUGCUUAUUUGAGCUGUUCUUUCCAUAAUUUGGUAUUUACCAAAUAGGGUAAAUAUCAAAUACCCCCCCCCCCCCCCCCCCCCCCCCCCCGUAACAACACAACUGAUUGGCUCAAACGCAUUAAGAAGGAAAGAAAUUCCACAAAUACGUUUUAAGAAGGAACACCUGUUAAUUGAAAUACAUUCCAGGUGACUACCCCAUGAAGCUGGUUGAGAGAAUGCCAAGAGUGUGCAAAGACAAAGGGUGGCUAUUUGAAGAAAAUCAAAUAUAAAAUAUAUUUUGAUUUGUUUAACACUUUUUUGGUUACUACAUGAUACCAUAUGUGUUAUUUCUUAGUUUUGAUGUCUUCAUUAUUAUUCUACAAUGUAGAAAAUAGUAAAAAUAAAGAAAAACCCUUGAAUGAGUAGGUGUUCUAAAACUUUUGACUGGUAGUGUAUUUCUUAUUUUUCCUUUAUCAGAUCCCCACCAGCUCACGCUCCCCAAAUCUGAAGAGGAGGUUCCCCCUGUGCAGCAGCACUGUGAGCAGGAGUGGAGCCCCAGUCUGGUUCAGGAGGACCCAGAGCCCACACAGAUUAAAGAGGAACAGGAGGAACUCAGGACCAAUCAGGAGGAAGGGCAGCUUCAAGGACUGGGGGAGGCUGAUCUCAUAAAGUUCAUAUUUCCUCCUGCCUGUGUGAAAAAUGUUUGUGAUCAGGAGAACCCAUCUCAGCCCUCACAUCUUCACCAAACCCAAACUGUGGAGGACAGAGAGAGGGACUCUCUACUCACCUACACAACUGAAGAGAUCAAAACAGAACCAGAUGGAGAGGACUACAGAGUAUCAGAACCAACCAGUGACUCUCCGCCCCUCUCUGCAGUAAAUCCAGACUGUUCUGCAGCUCAGAGUGAAAACAUGGAAAGUGAUGAUGAGGUGGAGAGAGGAGGACUACUGUCAGGGUCUAAGACACUCAAAUCAAAGACAAAACAGACAAAGAAUGGAGAAAGGUUCCAUACCAGUGCUGGAGGCAGGACGGCCAUAAUGUUUCCCUGUUUGACAUCAUCUAGUCAAACGGAUGCUGCUCCUUAUUGUUGCAAGGUGUGUAGGAAGACUUUUGUUUCAAACGGUUUUUUAAUUUAUCAUGUGCGAAAGACACACACAGAGCAUAAAGAAUGCCAGUGUGGUGUGUGUGGAAAAUGCUUAAAUUCUACAGAAAGUAUGAUGGGUCACCUACAAACUCAUACUGAAGAAAACAUUUCUUGUCAUGUUUGUGGCAAAUGUUUCUCUAAAAGUGGUGAUCUCAAAACACAUAUUAGAAGUCAUACAGGAGAGAAACCAUAUCAAUGCACUCAAUGUAGUAAAUGCUACACACAGAAAGUACACCUUAAAAAUCAUAUUAGAACUCAUACAGGGGAGAAACCAUUUAGGUGUAAAGAAUGUGGGAAAUACUUCACACAGAAGAAUACCCUGUCCAAUCACAUGAUGAUCCACAGAGGGGAGAAACCGUAUCAGUGUAAAACUUGUGGGAAAUGCUUCACUGAAAGUGGAACCCUGAGCAGGCAUAUAAGAGUUCACACAGGGGAGAAACCACAUCAGUGCCAAGAAUGUGGGAAAUGCUUCACUGAGCGUGGAAACCUGACUAAACAUAUAAAGAUCCACAGAAGAGAGAAAUCCUAUUAUUGCAGCUACUGUAGCAUAUGCUUUACUGAUGAAGCAAAUUGUAAAAGACACAUGAACACUGUUCACAAGAGUGAGAACAUAUGACAGUGGAGUGGCAUAAAACCUUCAGAUAUAAAAUAUAAUGUAUAGAACUGACAUGAUCCCGUGCUCUGCGCUACAUGACAGAUAAACAUGUAUUUUCCAUACAUUUCUUCUUCAGCAUGUGGGAGUUUUCUACAUCAUAUUUUCAUCACAUCUUCUACAACUCGUGGUCCUCUGUAGCUCAAUUGGUAGAGCAUGGCGCUUGUAACGCCAGGGUAGUGGGUUCGAUCCCCGGGACCACCCAUACGUAAAAAUGUAUGCACACAUGACUGUAAGUCGCUUUGGAUAAAAGCGUCUGCUAAAGGGCAUAUUAUUAUUAUUAUAACCCUACUCUGGAUAUGUGUGUAUUUCUGUUAAAAUGUUCUGUUUCUUUUCUUGCAAACUUAAUUGUAUUUCCAUGUGAAUUACCGGUAUAAAUAAAGGUUAAAUGAAAAAAGCAAUCAGAGUUCUUGCUCAUCUAUUGCAGAUUGACAUGAAUGACAUUUCAGCCAGACAACAGUCUCAACCAAGUUCUGCUUACACUUGUUUCAUCUUGGGAAGAUGUUGGUUAUUACCUUUUCAAAAACAUGAAAGGUUGGGUACCACGUAUAUAUAGCAUUAGACACAUAAUCAUAUUUUGGAGUUUAGAUUUUUACAAUGCUGCUCAGUAGAGACUACUUUUGUGUGGCCACACGAUGGCGCCCACGGCCAAAGCCAUUCGGUGAAGCGGAAGCUGUCAUUUGCAGAAAGGAAACGUGAGAGAUUUGAUAUCUCUUCCGGAUAAUAUUUUUUUAACGUGUUUUGCAGGAUAUAAUCAAAGAGUUUCUAAACCCAGACGCGCAACAUCGCAAGCAGACCAGGCCGAGGUUUGAAAAGGCAAUGAGAGAAGUGAAAAAUUAUUCCUUAGUUAAUUUUCUCGAAAUCCAAAGGCAAACCUAGAUUCGAGACAAGUAGUGGAACAUGUUAUUACUCCAACCUCGUGAAAGUGACAAACUGACGCGUUUUCAUUUUGCUCCCAUUGGAAACGACAGACUGUAGUCUAUCUUGGGUUAGUUAUACAAAUAUUUGGUUGGACCCAAUGAUGUGUUUCUGCGCAUGAGCUUGGCUAGCCAACGUCGCCAUGACAUCGCCUACAAGUCUUCAUACUGUACUGUCUUUGAUAUAAUAUAUAAGAAGAAGAAGAAGAAGAACAAGAACAAUAACAAUAAGCAGCUGCUUCCUUGCUACAUUUUGACUAUGUGAAAUGUAACGUUGCAGGCUGAGCAGAAUAAUACGGACUUGUCUACUUUAUUUCCGGGCAAAAUGUCUAAACUACAGUUGCUGAACGUGUAUGUUACUGAACGACUAACAGCGGCAGUUGCAGAGAUAUCCGUGGAGGUCGAGAGAACAGUAGUAGAGUUGUAUGAAGAAAUCUCCCGUUCUAAGGAGGAGAAUGACCGUCUGCGAAGGCUGUUGGAUUUGGUUUUCAACCCAGAGAUAAAGUUACACAAAGCAGGUUUGUAUUGACUAGCUACUGUAUUAGCCAGAACAGAUUCCGACCCUACACUUGCUUAAAGCUGCGCUGGGUCGGACUACCCCAAGACGCUAACUGCUGCUGUAGCCCAAUUGAUGAUAAUAUCUUCUGGUCAGGGGACUUUUGUUAAUAAGAGCCCUGACUCUCGUUCUUAACAUUAAAACGCAUCGCUUGCGGUACGGUUUUGGAAACAUAAGGAACGUAUCUUUAAUAUCAACAAUAAAUAAUUUCCAAAAUUACUAUACACCAUAGGGUUGGGGUUAGUGUUCCCACGGCCAUAUCUCCAUGUUACAGCGCUUGUUUACAGAAGACAGAUGGAAGACAUAGUCGGCCACCUGUGCUAUCUAGCGUGGUCCAAACACCUGUGUGUAUGCAUAACUGAGAAGGAAAUGUAGUUUGUCAACUCUAGGCGCACACAGCGUAUGGAUCUGUGCAAAACUUUUUACAAAUAUGAUUUCUUGCAGAUCAUGAAAGAUAAGGGGCAUAAGCAUAUGUUUCGAAAACCGUUUUGUAAGCAAUGUUUUGAAAUUUCUAAACGUUAAAACACAGUGUCGGAAUUGUAGUUCACACACAGCCAACUGUGUGCAAAGCUAACCGCUGAAAACCCUGUGGAUAAUAAGAAGGUAAUAAGAAGGGUUUUCAAGAACUAGGGUAGGACAGGCUUCUUGUUUAGAUUAAGACCCCACAGAGCCGGCGUGAGAUGUGGCUCGGGAAAUGUAUCGCAGUUCAGGGAUGAGAAAAGCAUUGUACUCCGAGUUGUCCCAUUAUCCCAGCUGUUACACCAAGAAGAUUGAAAUACUGCUAGUUGUUAAGUAGACUGCCCUUUUCAUCCUCAUGCUAGCUAACAGCAGCCAUAGGCCUGUCUCUCGCUUCCGGGGCGGGACAUCCGUUUUGGGGAAAAUCUGGGAAAUUCUAUAUCUGGUCUAUGGCGUGGUGUUCUUUCAAUAGAAAUAGCGUAAACCUGUUGUAGAGUACCUCUGUUCGAAAUCAAGGGGGGAAAACUGCAUUAUUUAAAGCCUCGCACUUUGAAGUCAACCCGAGGUGGGCUAACUCGAAUUGCGUUUCGACUGCCUCUAGAAUGUAGAAAUUAUGUAAUGUUGCUAGCUAGCCAAUUUUGGUUACAACUAGCAAGAUAUCUAGCUAGCUAGCAAGAUGUUGAAGAACACAUUAAAUUCACCAUCACCACGCUGUAACUAACGUUACCCCUUGCUAGCUAGCUAGCUAGCUAGCUAGCUAAACGGUUAGCGUCGUCGCUAGCAUAACAGGCUAGCUAGCUAGUUUAAUUCCUAACCUUGCUUGCCGCGGCCAGGUAGCCAAAUGUUUAGCUUGCUAGCUAGCUAGCUAAACGGUUAGCGUCAUCACUAACAUAACAGGCAAGCUAGCUAGUUUAAUUCCUAACCUUGCUUGCCAUGGCAUUGGCUACUAGCUGGCAGGCUAACCAAAUACACCAGACACCUAAAAUCCCUGCUAACUCACGUUAGAUAGCUAGCUUGUUUCAACUCUGACUUGCAAGCUAACGUUAGCUAGCUAGCAUUUAAGGGCUGACCGUUCUCAAACGUUUAUUGUGUAGUGCAAAAAUAAAUGAAGGAUCCAACUAAGUUGGUAAUUCGUUAGUGAUGGGGGAAAAAAUAGAUAUAGUUACAUAUCACAAUAUUUGUUUUAUUAUAUCGCAUCGUUUUGACAAUAUAGCAAUAUUAUUUUUGCGCUAGUUGGCCGUACCUUCACCAAAACUCCAGUAUUUUUCCUUCAUAGCUUUUCUCCGUCUUCUUUUUAAAAAGGGAGCCAAUUAGUUUUCAGCACAUUUAUUUCCAUGACUGAUCAUAACUUGUUUUUCUCAUGUCUAUCUCUUGUCCCUCAGGAAGCCUGUCCUACCCCAGUGCAGCUGUAAGCAAGUGGAGGGUCGGAAUCUAUUCUGGCUACCGCUGUAUUAGCUAAACUUACAUGAAUCAAACGGAUAGCAAGUCAAUACAAGAAAUUAGAUUCAAUUGUAAUGUUGAAUCAAUAAAGCUGUUCUAAUCAAUAUAAUGGAAAUGAUCAAAUAGCUAAGUAGCAUUUUUAAAAUGUCUUAAUGUCAUGUUUUAGACAGGACCCAUAGAAGAUAACUAUUGAUUAAGUUUUAGAUUUAAAAUGUCAAAAUAUUAUUGAAUUCUAAGUAACUUCUCCAUCAGAUGCCCAGCAGCUCACUCUCACCAUAUCUGAAGAGGAGGUUUUCCCGGAACAGCAGCACUGUGAGGAGGAGUGGAGCCCCAGUCUGAUUCAGGAGGACCCAGAGCCCACACUGAUUAAAGAGGAACAGGAGGAACUCAGGAACCAGUCAGGAGGAAGGGCAGCUUGAAGGGCUCUUUGAUACCAAAGACUCCAUAUUCACUUCUCCCUUUAUGGAAAGUGACUGUGAUCAGGAGGACCCACCUCAGCCCUCACAUUUUCACCAAACCCAAACUGUGGAGGACAGAGAGAGGGACUCUCUACUCACCUACACAACUGAAGAGAUCAAAACAGAACCAGAUGGAGAGGACUACAGAGUAUCAGAACCAACCAGUGACUCUCCGCCCCUCUCUGCAGUAAAUCCAGACUGUUCUGCAGCUCAGAGUGAAAACAUGGAAAGUGAUGAUGAGGUGGAGAGAGGAGGACUACUGUCAGGGUCUAAGACACUCAAAUCAAUGACAAAACAGACAAAGAAUGGAGAAAGGUUCCAUUCCAGUGCUGGAGGCAGGACGGAGACCAUGUUGCCCUGUUUGACAUCAUCUAGUCAAACGGAUGCUGCUCCUUAUUGUUGGAAGGUGUGUAGGAAGACUUUCGUGUCUGUUUUUUAUUUAAUUUAUCAUGUGCGAAAAAUACACACAGAGCAUAAAGAAUGCCAGUGUGGUGUGUGUGUGGAAAAGGCUUAA